AUGGCUCACCAGGAGGUCUUUCAAGUACAGCCCUUCGGGUGGGAGAAUGACCCAGAGGAAGAGCGGUUUAAAGUGUCUACAUUGGACUAUUUGACAGUAUGUACCUACAACAACUACGCUCUAUUCUUUCGACUGGAAGACGCCGACAAGAAUCGAGCUGUUGAUGUCUUGAAGGCUGGCCUUCAACGUACUCUGAGCCAAGCGCGCCAUCUUUGUGGGACAAUUGAAAAGGACCCUACCGGCGGACAUUCAUUUGUCAAGAAAAAGGACAGUGCCGUCAAAUUCUACGUUCAAUGGCUGGAUUCUCCAGAUAUCUGCCAGGAUUACCCAUCAUUUGAUGAGAUAGAAGAGGGCAACUUCCGUACCUCGGUAUUGGGUGAUCUUCAGCGGUGGAGUGUACCUCCUAUGACAUACGGAGAGAAGCCAGAGGCACACCCAGAUAAUAGUCCAGUGGUGGCGUCCUAUAAAGCCAACUUCAUCCGUGGUGGAUUGGUCUUCAUUAUGCACCAUCUCCACUAUGCGAAUGAUGUUAUGGGAUGGGCUGGGCUCGCCCACCAAUUAGCCGAAAACUGUUAUGCAAUUUUCCAUCAGACAGAGUUUCCCUCGUGGGAUGCUCGUUGCCUGGAUCUGUCUCGUCUGACCAAAGCUGAAGUGCGCGAGGAAUUGAAAGUCGAUGGCCCACCACCGCCUGAGAUUCAUCCGGGUCAUAUCCCAGCCCAAAGUCUGCUCUUCCAUUUACCCAAGAACAAAGCAGCAGAGCUCAAGGUCCUUGCUUCCCCGACAGAUGGUACAUGGAUCUCUACUUACGACGCCUUUUCUGCAUUUAUCUGGCGCACGGUUACACGACUAAGGGCGCCAAUAUUCAAACCCGAUCUCUCAGCACCUCUAUUCUGGGGAGAGGCUAUUGAUAUGCGGCGCCGAUUCCACAGUCCCAAGGUACCCCCACGCAUUCAGCAGAACGUCGUCGCCGUAGCAAUGUCGUCCACGGCACCUUGUACUGCCCCAAGCGCCGCAGAAGUUAUCUCAGAGUGGCCGCUGCCAAAGCUAGCUUUCUACAUCCGCCAGUUGACCAACAGUGUCACGCAGGAGGCUUUAGACCUGGCACUGGAAAUGGCGGCCACGGUACGCGAUAGAACAGCGCUGAACAUUCGGAUUGAUUCACAGCCACCGAUGUCGGUGCUCCAGACAGACCAUCGGGAUGCCAAUGUUUCAAGUGCCAACUUUGGCUUUGGCUCUCCAGUUACCUACCGUCAUCUGAUGGAUUGUGUCACCCAAGGUGUUUUUAUCAUUUACCCGCCGCGAGACCGGUCUCCUGAAUCGAAUGACGGACCCGAGUUCUCUCUUGCAUAUGAGAAGAGCCUCAAGCAGGCACUCCUCGAGGACCCGGAGUGGAACCGGUACUUUGAAUAUAAGGGUAUCGAUGCUGUGGAUGCUCGCUACGAGGAUACCGGUUCUGUGUGA